CAACUUGCCCUUUUUUUACGCAUCAGGUUCAAGACUUUUGCUGCUUAAACUUCAUUUUCCUUGCUGGUGAUGAUGAUUCACUGCUGAAAACCCAUAAACUUGUAAUAUUAAAGUCAUAACCGCUGCUCUCAUACGUUCUCUGCUUCUUACAAGAGGGGAAUCGACUCAUCGUUGUGUGGAGGUGCAUUCUCGGGUUGAUGAGAUUACCCAACUUGCGAUAUUUCGCUUCGACGGCAACGACGAGGACGAGAAUGGCUCUGUAUCGCCGCCCUUCGACGGUCCUCACCUCUGAGGAGGAGAAGCUGAUUUUCGCCCCAGCAGGCCACCACCCCCACGGCCAGGCCCCCCAAUUCACCCUCUCCCAGCUCCAUCGCCACGACCUCAACCCAUCCUCCCCCAUCCCCCAAUUCAACGCCUGGUUCUCCCUCGCCCAGCGCACCCCCUCCAUCUCCCAGCCCGAGGCAUGCACCCUCUCCACCGCCCAGCUCCCCUCCGGCCGCGUCUCCUCCCGCGUCGUCUACCUCAAGGAGCUCGACUCCCACGGCUUCGUCAUGUACACCAACCUCGGCACCUCCCGCAAGGCCCACGACCUGCAGACCAACCCGCACGCCAGCCUCGUCUUCUACUGGCCCCCGCUCCAGCGCCAGGUCCGCGUUGAGGGCAUCACCGAGACGUAUUCCCGCGAGGAGAGCCAAAAGUACUUCGACACCCGCGUCAGGGGCAGCCGCAUCGGCGCCUGGGCAAGCCGCCAGUCUGUCGUCCUCAAGCCCCAGCCCUCGGCAAAGUCAGCCCCUGAAUCCGGCUCCGAGUCAUUGGUAAACGGUACCGAGCCUGAGCACGAGGACGACGGCAGGGCCCAACUGGAAGGCUGGGUCAAGGAGGUCGAAGAGCGCUUCAAGGGCCAGGACAAUAUUCCCGUCCCCGACUUCUGGGGUGGUCUGCGCCUGGUGCCUCAGCGCGUCGAGUUCUGGCAGGGCAGGGAGAGCAGGUUGCACGACCGCUUCGUGUACGAGUGGGAGGAGGGCCAAGAUGGAAAGGAAGGCAAGUGGCGUUUGGACAGGCUGAGUCCUUGAGUCUGCAAUCACCAACACGUAUCCCCGGCAUCUACUACAUGCUCUCUUUAUACAUGUACUAUUAGAAAAAUGCAGCAUGUCUGGCAUAGAAUGCACUAAUAAAAGGCUUUCGGCGAAGGGAGGGCAGAGAAAACAAGAGAGUCAAACGAGAUUCAGAUCACCAUAGGUAUGAAAAACAUCAUAUUGGGU